AUGUCCCAACUCCUUGCAGUGCGAACAAGUGGGAGGGAGCCAUGGGUAUUCAACAGAAACUUCGACUACCUCUCCACUCUGCCUCUCGUACUCCACUACGCCAGAGUCAGGCUCACCAGAUUCUUUGUGAAGUCAUCAGUUUCGAUAGGAUCGCCCACCAAGCCCGAAAUAAGGCUGAGCCCCCAUUGGGUACGAAGAUCCACCGUUAAAGUAGCAGAUGAUGAAGUCUUUGUGCAGUUCAGCUCCAUGGAGGAAGACUUCAUCGGGUAUAAUCACACGGGGUCUUCCCGUGUCGGAGAGGGCUACAGGCGACAUCCUCUUGAGAGUUCUGUCCUCUCUCAUCUUUAUCCUUGCAGCUACAUUUCAACAUCAGAGUCAGUAGGGUGCAAGCUAACCAAAGGAGCAGUGGAAGAAGACUCGACCAAGGGGGUUGCAGGCUUCGGAGAGGAAGCAGUUUGGGAGGACGGGUCAGGGGGUCAGGGGGAAAAGGUGGGGGGCGGGAAGAUCCACCAGCAGUGGACGGCGAUGGAUUCAGGGCGGAAGCGGGACCAUUCGGAAACCACCGGUUUUGCAUUAGAAACCGGGCCAGGGAGAAAAAGACUUUCUCUUGUUAAUACUAAAAAAUGUUGGGGGAGAUUAUGUGGCGUGACUAGCGGAAUGGGACCGACAAAAGAGGUCGUGUGGUGGGAGUAG